GGCCCCGGCCCCGGCCCCGGCCCGGCCUGGCGUGGCCGCUCCAUGACGCCCAGCGGGCGCCCCGCGGGGCCCCGGCGCUCCCCCCAGGCGUGGGCUGCAGAUUCAGUUGCAAUGGAGACCGUGUCCCUGGAGCACCAGAUCCAGAGUGUGCAGAGGCACAUUGCUUUCCUGAAGAAGGAGCAGAUGGAGCUGCUCCAUGGCCUGCACCUGGAGAUCCUCCGCCUGCAGAAGCACUGCUCAGAGCUGACCCAUGACCUUGAGAUGAAGGAGCUGGAAGCCCGCCAGCAAGAUGCGCUGGACCGAGAACUAGAAGAGAAGUGCCGGGCAAUGGAGGCUCAGCUGCAGGAGAAGGAGAAGGACAACCUGGAGCUGCGCAAGGAGCUGCGGCACAAGGAGACGCUGGUGGCCGCGCUGCGCUCCAGCCUCCGCAGCAAAGAGCGGCACUUCCUGGAGGAGCUGAAGCGGCGCAGCCACCGUGUCACCAUCCUGGACACGGAGCUGCAGAAGCAGACGGAAGCGGCCGCCUACCUCUCCCUGCAGCUGCACGCCACCGCCCAGCGCCUGCCGGGCCCCCGCAGCAGCGGGCGGCCGCCCCCCGAGCAGCCCCCGGCCGAGGGCAGGUCGCAGCGCCGCGGCCAUCGGGUCCAUCAGCGGCGCACACCUGGGGUCGGCACCCGGCACAGGGACCCCGUGCGUGAGGAGCACGACGCCAUGCCCGACCCGGCCCUCUUCCUCUAUACGGCACAGCCGUCCGCCCCGCAGCGCCCGUCACCGCUGGAGUCCCCCGCUGAGCCCCGGGGCACGGGCACGGCCCCCCGGGCACAACGGCUGCCCCAACCGCGGCCACAGGAGCCUACAGCCAGGGCUCGGCCGGCCAAAGGUGAGCCCGGCAAGCAGCCGGGACCUGGGCCCCACGGAGCCCGCGCCCGAGAGUAGGAAUUGAGGCGGGCACGGCUGACCCCGAAGCACCGCGGUGAGCACCAGCCGAGGUUGCUGUCCCCGUCCCCCGGGAUGGGAAGGGGGCAGCGGGAGGCGGUGCUCUGCUCACAGCCCGGGACUGAGCCCGCGGGGCUGGGCCAUGUAGAGCGUGGUGGGGCAGUGCUGCACGAGGCUUCCAAAGGGCAAUAAAGGAAGAGGGCUGGGACAAGGCUGUUGCAGGGGGGCCCCAAACUGUAAGCUGCCCGCCUGCAGCACCCAGCGCUGCUCCCUGCACGUUGCUGGAGCACGGCUGUGACAAACAUCACCCGCACAGGGUGGGCUCUGUCCAUAUGCCAGCACGGUGCUCCUCAUUGGCACCUACAGCUGUUUUCUCACCACAGACUGAGUCUCAUCAGCAAGGCACUGGCAAAGCGGGGUCUGGUGCACUGCUACCCACGGGGCAGAGCUGGCCACGGUGCAGCCCCAUGAGGAGCAGAGGCUGCAGAUGAUGCUUUGCCCACAACGUUUGAACCAUUGGAGCCCACCUGCUUCACUCUCAGUUUGAAGCCCUGGGAAAGCAUCACCUUCCCUCCAGACCAUCACCUGCUUCCAGCCUGCAGAGUGCCCAUGUGGCCAGAGGUCUCUAUUUUUGUUUAUACAGUUUUGUUUAUACUCAGUAGCAGUUCCAGGCCAGCUUUCCAGACAGUAAAAUCAAACACCAAAGUACUAUCAGCUCUGCAGGAGGUGGGCAGCUUUCGUGCUGCCCUUUGGCUGUGAUGGGCACCCAAUGUCCAACAACAGUGGUAGCCCCCCCUGUGUCCCCAGUGCUGCCCCAGCAGCAUCUGGCUGCACUGCCAGGAGGGCACUGCAUGGCAGCGGGUGAGGCACAACCUGGCACCCCACAGGUGAAGUCCCUCCCGGCCUUGGGACAGGGCUGCUUUCCCAGGGCUCUGAGUGCUUCUGCUGAGAACACUUCCCAGUGUUCUUUUAAUGUGAGAGAGGGUAAAACAUCUCUGUGUGUCCCUAUGCUGUGAUUUGCACAGCACGUUCCCUGUUGUUCCUGGACAAUCCUGAUACACAGAGUGUGUUGCAUUUUUAUUAUAAAGUUAUUGAUAAAAUCAUGUUGUUUAUGACUGACCUGAGCAUUAGAAAGGGGAGGGUGUGUAAGUACCCUCCUGUUCUCUGUAAAUAUCUUCCUAACAAUCAGCAGUUUUAGUGCCUAGUAUGUAAAUGAAGCAACCCUGUGGGAGCUGCAAGACCCCUCCACAGCCAUCAGCUGCGCCCUGUGCUUGAGGGGCACAUCCCACCUCAGUGCCUCGUGGCUUCUGCCUGCCCCAUGGCAGCCUGGAUGGGCAGGGGGGCAGCAGGGCCAUGAGAGUCUGGGGCCAGCCCUGCACUGGGAAGGGCUGGCCUCACACACUGCACUGCGGUCACUGCUGUUCCUGAAUAGGGGGAAGCUCUAUAGUACAAUAUAUACGCACUUAUAUAUAUAUAUAUGUAUACACAUAAUGCACUUGCUUUGAAGGGAAAACACUGUAUGAUUGUAUUAGAAAUGAUGUUGAAAUAAAUUAUUUUAAUCUUUGUAUUUAUAUAAAAUGCUCAGUGAGAUCUAAAUGAUCCAUAAACCCA